CGCCCCGUUCGAACCUAUUCAUUAUGAACAAAUUAGUGCUGCUAACGUUCGUAGUUUUGUGUGCGAUAUGUUAUUUAAGUUCAGUCGACGGUAGUCCCAACCCAAAGAGAAAGCAUCAUCACCAUCACAGCGAUACCUCGGAAGAGAAAUCAGUCAAAAACCGCAAAGGUGGCGAAAAAGGAAAACGGAAGAAUGAUUCGUCCUCGGAGGAAAGCAACGAGUCACACGAAAAGAAGGCCAGCAGAAGGAAGGGCCCUGGAAGGGACCGCUACAAGAAUCGACGUAGGACGUCUACGACUACCUCUACAACAACAACUACACCUGCUACUUCCAGUAGUAGCUCAACGACCCAGGCCACACCUUCAUCAACGACGACGACGACGACCGUUAGUACGCCGAGUUCUUCUACGCCCUUGAGUUCAACCACAACGCAGGCAACACCGGCUGCAAAGAGCGAAAACGCAAUUAGCAGUACUAACCCUAGCACCACAACCACUACUACUACUACGCCACCAACCACAUCAACAACGACUACUGCACCACCUACAACAUCAACAACAACUGCUGGGCCAACGACAACAUCAUCAACAACUACUACUGGGUCAACUACUACAUCAUCAACAACUACUGGGCCAACGACAACAUCAUCAACAACUGCUGGCCCAACGACAACAUCAUCAACAACAACUACUGGCCCAACGACAACAUCAACAACUACGCCAAAACCAGAAUAAGAUGAGUAAACCCGAGAAGAAAAUUGCAAGAUGGGACGAAGGUCAUUAAAUCGUCAAAUUAAAUAAAAAUCUAUGAGGUAGA